AUGGAGUCGAUUGAUCCCGCCACCGGGCGGCAGCUGCCGUCCGACGCGAUCCAACGCAUUCUCUUCAUCGCAACUUCCGUCCACGUCUAUAACAUCCCGCCGCUGGCCUCGACAAAGGGGUACAAUGCCGGGACGUGGACGGAGGACCCCAAGCGGCACAUCUUCACUGUACGCCUGCGUGUCAUUGAGACAGCCAUUCCGCAGCAGAGCGGCGAGGAUAAGGUCAAGGCAGAUAUCGUUCUUGAGGAUCCCUCUAGCGGACAGCUCUUUGCUGCUGCUCCAUAUACGACACAGGCCGUGGUAGAACCAACUCUGGACAGCUCACGGUUCUUCGCUCUCAGAGUCCAAGACCCCUCUGGUAGAAAAGCCACACUAGGCAUUGGCUUCGAGGAACGAAGCGAGGCGUUUGACUUCAGCGUUGCUCUGCAGGAGACCCGGAAGGCGCUUGGCUGGGAGGGAAGCGCCCCAGUCGGUGGCGCUGCCGCGUCCGGUCCCGCAGCCAAGAAGGAGAAGCCUGAGGAGAAGAAGGAUUACAGCUUGAAAGAGGGAGAGACUAUCACGGUCAACUUGGGCAGCAAGUUUGGCCGGCGGAACCGGCCUCAGGAGUCGUCCUCUACGGCAGAGCCGGCCAGUCUCUCCUCCUUUUCAUUGCCCCCGCCCCCUUCAGCAUCAAGCUCAAGGGGCGGCUUCUCACUACCACCUCCGCCCAGUGCCCAAGAAAAGCGGAAAUCUGUGAAGGACAUGGGUUUCGAUGAUGGCCAGUUUGGUGAAUUUGCUUAG